AUGUUUCUAAGAUCUGGAAAAGAAGUAAAUGCAGUAGAAAUUGAACGAGAAAAAUCAACGGGAAUUGAAAACGAAGAAAUAACUCAAGCUAAGAGUGAACACAUUAAUAUCGAAAUGUCAUUAAAUAACCAAAACUCAGGCGGUAUAGAAGGAAAAGGCUUAAAUGUUGAACUUUUACGUAUGUUGACAGAAAAGCUUUGCAGCGAUUCAAGAAGUUCAGUUUCAAUUGAGAGCUUCGCAAAAAUUGUCCCCGAUUACGAUGGAGUAAGUAUACCUGUAAAGUUGUGGUUAAAGAAUUUCGAGGACAAUGCAGCAGCAUACGAGCUAAACGAAAAACAGAAAUAUGUAAACGCAAGAAACAAAAUGAAAGGUACAGCAAAACUAUUCCUGGAGACGGUUACAGUAUCAAAUUAUAAUGAUUUACGCGAAGCGCUUAUAUCUGAAUUUGACAAACAGCUUAGUAGUGCUGAAGUCCACCAACAACUUAGGGAUAGAAGAAUAAAAGAUUCGGAGAACAUUCAUGAGUAUAUUCUAAACAUGCGAAAAGUAGCAGCAAUGGGAAGCGUAGAAGAAGCGUCAGUUAUCCGGUAUAUCAUCGAAGGGUUAAAAAUGCGGAACGAGUUGAAAAUUCUUCUGUUAAAUUCAAAAACGUACAAAGAGUUACUGGAACAAUAUGAAAUUAUCGAAACGAUGAACAGCAGUAAAGAACGCACCGUAAGCAGCGACAGGAAGUUUGGUAGCGGCGCAGCGGCAGCAACUGCGCGUAGGCACAACACGCAAGCAUGGGAAACAAAUAGAAUGAAUGAACGUAAGCAGCACUGCUAUAACUGUGGAUCGACUAGACAUGUGAGAUCAGAGUGUAGAGAGGAAACGAAAUGUUUCAAAUGCAAUGGAAAUGGUCACAUUGCGAAAAACUGCGCAAAACAAAACGUCAACUUAGUUUCAAAGAGGUUGAAGCAAAUGAGAAUAGGUGGGAACAGUGUGAAUUGUCUUGUGGAUACUGGUGUAGAUGUCACGCUCAUGCGGUAUAGCACUUACAAAAGAUUAUUUCAGCAAUACCCUCUAAAAGCAAACAGCAUAAAGUUAUAUGGUUUAGGUAACAAAAAUACCGACGUUCGAGGCAUGUUUUCUAGUACUAUUGAAGUAGAUGGCUUGAAAACCGGGCAUACAAUCCUAGUGGUAGACGACAAUAAUAUAAUGUUCGAUGCACUAAUUGGAUUCGACCUAAUAGAAAAAUUUACGUUGACGGUGAAUGCGACCGGGUAUACAUUUACAGAGAAAGGCGUAGACACCAGUAUAGCAUCAGUUUUUAAUGUUCAAGGCGUGGACGAAAUUGAUGUGCCGCAUAAAUACAAGAAUAUAGUAAAUCAAAUGGUAAUGAACUAUUCGCCAAACAAUGCAACUGAAAAAUGCCCUGUACAUUUGAAAAUUAUUCCCAGUAAUGACAAAAUAUGUUUUAAAGAAAACCCCAGUCGAUUGUCGGCAAUGGAAAACGCGGUGGUAAAGCAGCAAAUUGAAGAUUGGUUACAAGAGGGUGUUAUUCGGGAGUCUGUUUCCGAUGUACAAUAG